AUGCAGCUGGAGCAUUGUCUGUCGCCUCCGUCGAUGAUGCUCUCCAAGAAAUUUCUCCAUGUGAGCGGCGGCGCUUACGCGUCGGGCGGAUCCGAGCUUGCCUUGCACGAGCAUCCUCAACAUCACCAUCCGCACCACCACCAUCCCGCCGCCGCCGCCAUCCUGUCGUCGAGCGCUGACAACCUGGAGAGGAGUUCACCUCUGAAAAAAAUCGCCAGGGGGGGGAUGACGAAUCAGGCCGAGGCAGACAAUUUCUCUGACUCCAAAGACCCGCCAGGGGACCAGCAGCGCGCCAAACUCUCGCCCGUCGUCUUGGACGGCGGCGGCGGUGGAGGCGCCGCGGAACAGUUGCGCCCCUCCUUCGAUGGAGCGGCCGCGGCUGCGGCAGCGGCAGCAGCAGCAGCAGCAGCGGCCGCGGCGGCCGAUCGCUACCUGCUCUCGUCGCCCGCGGCCGCAACCGCGUCCAGCGCUCCUCCGGCCGCCGCGUCGGCUCCCCCGACGGCCGCUAGCAUGUUCCCCUACCCGGGCCAGCACAACCCGCACGCGGCAGCCUUCUCCAUCGCCAGCCCCAGCCGAUACAUGGCGCACCACCCGGUCAUCGCCAACGGAGCCUACAACAGCCUGCUGUCCAACUCGGCCCCGCAGGGCUACCCGGCCGCCGGCUACCCUUACCCGCAGCAGUACGGCCCCUCGUACCAGGGCUCUCCCUUCUAUCAGUUCCCCUCGGCGCAAGCCGGGCUUGUCCCGGGAAAGGCGCAGGUCUACCUAUGCAACAGGCCGCUCUGGCUGAAGUUCCACCGGCACCAGACCGAGAUGAUCAUAACCAAGCAAGGCAGGCGAAUGUUCCCUUUCUUAAGUUUUAACAUAUCUGGUCUGGACCCCACGGCUCACUACAAUAUUUUUGUGGAUGUCAUCCUGGCCGAUCCAAACCACUGGAGAUUUCAAGGCGGCAAAUGGGUGCCUUGCGGCAAAGCGGACACCAAUGUACAAGGAAAUCGGGUUUAUAUGCACCCAGACUCCCCCAACACAGGAGCCCACUGGAUGCGCCAGGAAAUCUCUUUCGGGAAGCUGAAAUUGACUAACAAUAAAGGCGCCUCCAACAACAACGGGCAGAUGGUGGUCUUGCAAUCCCUCCACAAGUACCAGCCCCGCUUGCACGUGGUGGAGGUGAACGAGGACGGCACGGAGGAUACCAGCCAGCCCGGCAGGGUGCAAACUUUCACCUUCCCGGAGACGCAGUUUAUCGCCGUCACCGCCUACCAGAACACUGAUAUCACACAGCUGAAAAUAGAUCACAACCCUUUUGCAAAAGGCUUCCGAGAUAACUAUGACACGAUCUACACGGGCUGCGACAUGGACCGCCUGACCCCGUCGCCCAACGACUCCCCUCGCUCGCAGAUCGUGCCGGGCGCCCGCUACGCCAUGGCGGCCGCGGCGGCCGGCUCUUUCCUGCAGGACCAGUUCGUCAGCAACUACGCCAAGUCCCGCGGCUUCCACCACCACCACCACCACCACCCGGGGGCCGGCGCAGGAGCCGGUGUGGGCCCCGGAGGGCCGGUUCCGGAGCGGGGGGUGCCUCACCCCAACGGGCUGCUGUCCCCUCAGCAAGCCGAGGAGCCCGGCGCUCCCUCCCCUCAGCGUUGGUUCGUCACGCCCGCCAACAACAGGCUGGACUUCGCCGCCGCAGCGGCAGCCUCGGCCUACGACCCGGCGGGCGAUUUGGCGGGAAACGCCGCCACCCUGUUGUCCUACGCGGCGGCCGGAGUCAAGGCGCUCCCCCUGCAGGCCGCCGGCUGCACUGCGCGGCCCCUCAGCUACUACCCGGACCCGUCGGGCUGGGGAGCGCGCAGCCCGCCUCAGUAUUGCGCCAAGGCCUUGUCGUGCUGGCCCAACGGAGGCGGAGGGAGCAGCGCCCGCGCGGGGGGCAACCCCUAUUUGCCCACAGGGGGUGGUGGCGGCGGCGAGGAGCCUGACAGCCUGGCUCCCCCCGAGCGCUCCCCCUUGGUGGCGCCUCCACCGCCUCCUCCCUCGGCCGGGCAGCCCCCCGAGGACUCGAAGCCUCCGAAGGACUUGUCCGACUCGAGCUGGAUCGAGACGCCAUCGUCCAUAAAGUCCAUCGACUCGACCGACUCUGGGAUUUACGAGCAGGCCAAACGCCGGCGGCUCUCCCCGGUGGGCACGCCGGCCUCCGAGAGCUCCUCGCCGCUCAAGAGCGAGCCCGCCCUGACGCCCAGGGACUGCGACAAGACCUGCGCCAAGGACAUCGGCUACUACGGCUUCUACUCGCACAGCUAG